CCUCCUCCUGCUCGCUGCGUCGCGCUCUCUCUCUCUCUUUCUCUCCUCUCUUAUCUCUCACUGCCGUUCGCUCCCCAAAGCAGUUUCGGCUAUUCUUCUUCGGCGAGGGCCGGCGCUGGCGACCGUCGCGAGGAAGGAAAGCGAAGGAGCCCGUUGGAUCCGGCUGGAUUGGAUUGGGUUAGGACUGGAUCAUCGCCCCGAGGCAGAUGCGCUGAGCUCUCAAUCGGGUUGAGUGAGCGAUGGGUGACCUUGCUGAUCUCGCGUGCGCGGCGGAGGCGGCGCGUUCGCAUCAAGCCGGCGGCAGCCGGCGGGACAGGCUGGCGGCGCUGCUGGAGCUCGCGGCGGCUGACGACGCCGCGGGGUUCCGGGAGGCGCUCGCCGGGGGAGGCGAUGAGGAGGCGGCGGAGCUGGCGGACGGGGUGGGUCUGUGGUACGGCCGGAGCAAGGCGUAUGAGCCGCGCACGCCGCUGAUGGUGGCGGCGACGUACGGCAGCGCAACGGUGGUGUCGCUGCUGCUUGGCCUGGGCUGCGUCGACGUCAACCGUCGCCCCGGCGUCGACGGCGCCACCGCGCUGCACUGCGCCGCGUCUGGUGGCUCUCGGAACGCCGUCGCCAUUGUCAAGUCGCUCUUGGCUGCCGGCGCCGACCUGGUCACCCCCGACUCCGCCGGCCGCUUCCCUGCCGACGUCAUCCUGGCUCCUCCUGGUUUGCCGGACUCUUGGGGGGAUCUGGAGAUGCUCCUUGGCCGCCGCCGAGGGCUCGCUGUCGCGACCUCGGUGCCAUCGGGCUCGUCGUCCCCGCCUCUGUCGUCCUCUCCGGAUGAGGGCAACAGGUCGCCAUCUUCGCGGUCUUCUUCGUUGUCUCCGAUCACGGUGGACCGUGGCAAGAAGGAGUACCCGGUGGAUCCGACCCUGCCAGACAUCAAGAGCAGCGUGUAUGCCUCUGAUGAGUUCCGCAUGUUCGCGUUCAAGGUGCGGCCCUGCUCCAGGGCCUAUUCACAUGACUGGACCGAGUGCCCUUUCGUGCACCCCGGCGAGAACGCCCGCCGCCGUGACCCCCGCAAGCACCCGUACACUGCUGUGCCUUGCCCCAACUUCCGCCGCCCUGGUGGUUGCCCCAGCGGUGAUAGCUGCGAGUUCUCCCAUGGUGUGUUCGAGAGCUGGCUCCACCCGUCGCAGUACCGCACCAGGCUGUGCAAGGAGAGCGCAGCUUGCGCCCGCCGCAUCUGCUUCUUCGCCCAUGAUGAAGAUGAGCUCCGCCAUGUGCCUCACAAUAGCAGCGCAGGUCUGCUGUCUCCCCGUGCCUCUUCAUCUAUUGAUAUGACUGCCGCAGCUGCUCUUGGGCUUCUUCCUGGAUCUCCUACCAGGCACUUCGUGCCGCCACCUGUGUCACCAUCUUCUGCUAACUAUGGUGGAGGUGCUGCUGCUCACUGGCUCCAAGGUAGCAGGCUGCGUUCUUCUUUCAAUGCAAGGGAUGCACAGGUUGAUGAUCUUGGCGCACUCCUGGAAUGGGAAUCACAGUACCUUGGGGCGCUCAGCCUCCCACAAAGCAGCCGAUCCCAGACCCGUCUUUCUACUGGUCUGAGCAUUCGCCCAACAGCGAUUGUUCCAACUAGCCUUGAAGAAAUGUAUGCUUCUGACAUGGCAAUGUCGCCAAGGUUCACUAAUGACCAAGGUCAGUCAGUCUACUCACCAGCACACAAAUCAGCCAUCCUUAACAAGCUUCAUCAACAAAAGGGUCUCCUGUCGCCUGUUAAUACCAACAGGAUGUACUCUCCAAGGGGCAUUGAUCCGUCGGCACUUAUCCAUUCUCCUUUUGGUGCCAUGUCUCCUAGGUCCCCUCGGACCAUGGAACCAACAUCCCCCCUAAGUGCCCGUGUUGGACCUACUGUCACACAGCGUGAGAUGUUUGAUCAGUUCUCUUCCCUGAACAAGCAUCAGGUGCCAUCUGUAGGUUCACCACGGAAUCUUAAUGCUUCAUGGGGCAACAUUGGUGCCCAAAAGAGUAAGGUCGACUGGGGUGUUGACGAUGAGGAGCUGGUCCGCUUGAGGCACCCUGCACAGUCAAGAGUUGCAGAAGAGGAGCCAGAUGUGUCAUGGGUGCAAUCACUGGUGAACCAUGCCGAUCUGAAUGGCAAGAGGGGCGAAAUGGCAGGCAUGGCUUCUCGAUUCAUGAAUAGGCCUGACCUGAGCAAUCAAGCUGAGUUAUUGGAUGAGACGGUAAUUGCUUCUUGGCUUGAGCAUAUGCACUUGGAACCGAAGUGACUGUCAAGGGAGGCCUUUUACUCCGUGGAUGAAACCAUCGUUUUGCUGGGUUAUAGCUACCGAAGAAUAGUUAUUGGUCCUAGUAAAUAAUAAUAUUCUUUUUUUAUUCUUGAAAUUUUUGUUCGCAAAAUCAGAGAUGGUGGUAUUUGGUAAAGCAUUCGGUCACAGAUUGGUAGCUGAAAGCAGUUCUAGAGAAUUGGUGAACAACAGCCUCUAUACUAUGGGGGUCCUAACUAGUAUUCUUUUCAUUAGUUCAGAUGAGGUAAACAUUCAUAUGAUCCACCAUGAGUCAUUGUGUUCAUGAAUCAUGAUCUCUUGUAACAAGAAGGAUUAUAAUUUUUCUUUUUUCCAUUUAUCAAUGAAUGAUUUCGUGAAAACAUUGUUCAUUCCAGUUUAUUGCUCCUCAAUUGAAUACAAUUUUCCUUCUAUUUUUGUAUUUUA